AUGACUUCUUCUUCCGAAUCCAAAGAGGUGGAGCUCGAUUUUUCUCCAUACCUCAAAGUCUACAAAGAUGGCACUGUGGAAAGAAUCUUCGGCUCCCCAUUUGUUCCUCCAUCACUUGAUGAUCCCAUCACUAAUGUCUCUUCAAAAGACAUCACAAUUUCAUCACAAAUUUCAGCAAGAAUUUACCUUCCCAAACUCACUGAUCCAAACAAAAAGCUCCCAGUUUUAGUCUACUACCAUGGCGGCGGAUUCUGCCUCGAAUCGGCUUUUUCCUUCCUCCACCACCGCUAUCUCAAUCAAAUUGUCUCCAAAGCUAAUGUGGUGGCAGUUUCAGUUGAAUAUAGGCUUUCUCCAGAGCACCCUUUACCUGCAGCUUUUGAAGAUUCCUGGGCUGCCCUUCAAUGGGUUGCCUCACAUUCUGUAAAGGGUUCUGAAAUUAAUGGUGAAAAGGAGCCAUGGAUUAUUGAUUAUGGUGAUUUUGAUCAGGUUUAUGUAGGUGGUGAUAGUGCUGGUGGGAAUAUAGCUUAUAAUAUGGCUGUGAAAGCAGGGGAUGACAAUGAGAGCUUAGUUGGUGGGGUGAAAAUUCUGGGUGCGGUUUUAGCUUUUCCUUACUUUUGUGAUUUGGAAACGAAGAAAGAAAGUAUGGCUUACCAAAUGUGGAUGUUUGUUUAUCCUUCUGUUCCAGGAGGGAUUAACAAUCCAUUGAUCAAUCCGUUUGCUGAUAGUGCACCCGAUUUGUCGAAAAUCGGAUGCCGGAAAGUGUUUCUUUGUUGUGCUGAGAAGGAUGAUUUGAGAGAUGCCAAUCUGCAUUAUGUGAAGGCAUUGAAGAAAAGUGGCUAUGAGGGUGAAGUGGAGCUGGUUGAUGUUGAAGGUGAAGAUCAUUGCUUUCAGGCAUUUGAUCCUUAUACUGAUAAAGCACAGAGCUUGAUUAGUAAAAUGGCUUCCUUCAUCAGGGGCUGA